AAAUAAGGUGGAAAAGAUAAAAUAUGGCAAUGAAAACUAUUAUCUGUACGACCGAACGUACACUUUUGUUUUACAUAUCCAAUUGAGUGGACUUGUACUACAAUUAGUUUGGUUUGUGUAUAUCUGGUCACGUAUUUGUCUAUCCAUUUACUUAGGGUGUUUAUCACAAAAUAUGUCAUCUGUCUGCGAUCGUUUGUUGAAGUCAGUGGCCCCAUCAAAUAUCGAGCCCCGUUCUCGUAGUAAAGUGACUGUUAUAGGUGUUGGAAUGGUUGGAAUGGCUGCAGCAUUCUCUACCAUGCAAGUGGCAGGAGAACUCGCACUUAUUGAUGUCGUAGCAGAUAAGGUUAAAGGAGAAGUUCUUGAUCUACAGCAUGGUCAACAGUUUAUUGGCAGAUGCAAAAUUGAUGGGGGAACCGACUACAAAUACUCUGCAAACUCAGAUAUUGUCGUCAUCACUGCUGGUGCCAGACAAAACGAAGGAGAAUCACGACUGAACCUUGUUCAGCGUAAUGUUGAUAUAUUCAAGAAAAUAAUACCGAAUGUUGUGAAAUACAGUCCAAACUGCAUCAUAGUCGUCGUAUCGAACCCUGUCGAUAUUUUGACAUAUGUUGCUCGAAGAUUGAGUGGAUUUGAAGCUCAUAGAGUAAUUGGGACCGGAACCAUGCUUGACUCGGCGAGGUUUCGUUUUCUGUUAGGUGAGAAAUUGGGAGUAUCUGCCAAUUCUGUCCAUGGAUAUGUAAUUGGUGAACAUGGUGACUCGAGUGUUGCUGUUUGGAGUAAUGUGAAUGUUGCUGGAGUUCGGCUGUCUUCUCUAAAUCCGAAGAUAGGAUGCAAAGAUGAUCCUGAAAAUUUCGAGGAAAUACACAAGCAAGUUAUUCAGAGUGCCUAUGACAUCAUUCGCUUGAAAGGUUACACCUCAUGGGCGAUCGGGUUGACAUGUCGAUCACUUUGUAACGCACUAUUAAAUAACCUUCACACAGUUUAUCCACUCUCUGUUCCUGUCAAAGGAGUUCACGGAAUCGAAGAGGAUGUUUAUUUGAGUUUACCAUGUCUUGUAACUUCAGCUGGAAUCAGUCAUUUGAUUCCGCUUGAACUUAGUGCGGAUGAAUUGUGCAAAUUGAGAAAAAGUGCUGCCACUCUGAAUGAAGUUAUAACAAAAAUCCAAUGGUAAAGUCGUACGACUAAUAGUUGCCGCACGUUCACGUAUCAAAGAACACUAGCUUUUUCCUUUUUCAUGUAUGUUCUCUCUGUUUUUAAAUUACUUAUUGGUUAUCAAUCCUUACAACCGAUUCCUCGAAAUCAAACGCAAAGUGUUCAUAAAGUCUCAUCUUAUAAUAUGGCUGGUAUUCAUUCAAAUGCUGCUAAUAAGUAACGAAUUGUUGUGAACAGUUUUAGAUUCGAUGACUUGAAAAGUCAUAUGUACCCAUCUUCAGAAAAAAUAAAUUUUUUAGUAUUUA